GCAACCUUUCCUCACUACUCUCAAAGCUGCUCUCUUUUCUGCACUAUUCCCACUGUAUCAUCUUCUUCCUCUCUCUCUCUGUACUACCAAGAAAUCUCUCUCUCUCUCUCUCUCUCUGCUCACAGCAUUCACAGAUCACUCCCACCCACAAAUACAAGGAACCCCCCAUAAAUAUCUUUCUCUCAAACCAACCUUUUUCCUAAUUCUUCAUCACCCAACCACAAACAUGAUCUCUCUUUCAGACUUCUACCAUGUCAUGACCGCCGUAGUUCCCCUCUACGUAGCCAUGAUCCUCGCCUACGGUUCUGUCAAAUGGUGGAAAAUCUUCUCCCCCGAUCAAUGCUCCGGUAUCAACCGAUUCGUCGCCUUAUUCGCCGUCCCUCUUCUCUCCUUCCAUUUCAUCUCAUCUAACAAUCCUUACGCCAUGAACUUCCGUUUCAUUGCCGCCGAUACUCUUCAGAAAAUCAUUGUUCUCUCUGUUUUAACCGUCUGGGCUAAUUUCUCCAAAAGGGGUUGUCUUGAAUGGACUAUUACCCUCUUUUCUCUUUCCACACUCCCAAAUACUCUAGUUAUGGGAAUCCCUUUACUCAAAGGAAUGUACGGAGAAAGCUCUGGGUCAUUAAUGGUGCAAAUCGUUGUUCUUCAAUGUAUAAUCUGGUAUACUUUGAUGCUGUUUUUGUUUGAAUUCAGGGGAGCUAGAUUGUUGAUUUCUGAGCAGUUUCCUGAUACUGCGGGAUCGAUUGUGUCGAUUCAUGUCGAUUCCGAUGUGGUCUCGUUGGAUGGAAGGCAUAUGAUCGAGACGGAAACCGAGAUUAAGGAAGACGGGAAGCUUCACGUUACAGUUCGAAAAUCAAACGCUUCCCGUUCAGAUAUUUACUCCCGCCGGUCGAUGGGUUUCUCGUCGGCUACUCCCCGGCCGUCGAAUCUGACCAACGCAGAGAUUUACUCUCUUCAAUCAUCCCGGAACCCAACUCCAAGAGGUUCAAGCUUCAACCAUACAGAUUUCUAUUCAAUGGUCACCGGCGCCGGCGCAGGUCCCCGGAACUCAAACUUCGGCCCAUCUGACGUUUACGGUAUGCCGACAUCCAGAGGUCCAACUCCCCGACCAUCAAAUUUCGAAGAAGAAAACAGCGGAAAGUCGAGGCCUCCGUACCACACUCCGGGAAGCAACAACACGGCCCAUUAUCCAGCUCCUAAUCCAGGCAUGUUCUCGCCGACUACGGCGUCAAAAGCAACAAAGAAAACGAACGGUCAAGAGGGUGGUAAGGAUCUUCACAUGUUCGUUUGGAGUUCAAGCGCCUCGCCGGUAUCAGAUGUGUUCGGAGGAGGAGGAGGACAUGAAUACGGCGGAGGAAUGGACCAGACAGGCAAGGAUGUGAGAGUUGCAGUCUCGCCGGAGAAACAUUCUUCGGCGGAGGAGUAUUUACAGAGAGAUGGUUUUAGUUUUGGGAACAGAGAGAUCAUGAAUGGUGGACAUGAAGAGAUGAAAGGUGGAGAGAGUAUGAAUAAUAAUAAUAAUAAUAAUGGUAAUGAAAAGGUGGCGGCGGCGGCGGUGAUGCCUCCGACGAGUGUGAUGACAAGGCUGAUAUUGAUAAUGGUUUGGAGGAAGUUGAUUAGGAAUCCAAACACUUACUCUAGCUUGAUUGGUCUUUCUUGGUCCCUUGUUUCUUUCAGGUGGAAUGUUCAUAUGCCGGUGAUAAUAGCACAUUCCAUUUCGAUCUUGUCAGAUGCUGGGCUUGGCAUGGCCAUGUUCAGUCUUGGUCUGUUCAUGGCAUUGCAACCGAGGAUUAUAGCAUGUGGAAAUUCCAUAGCAGUCUUUUCCAUGGCCGUCAGAUUCUUCACUGGACCAGCUGUCAUGGCUGCCGCUUCCUUUGCUGUUGGCCUACGUGGCGACCUUCUUCGUGUUGCCAUUGUACAGGCUGCUCUUCCACAAGGAAUUGUCCCCUUUGUCUUUGCCAAGGAGUACAAUGUGCAUCCUGACAUUCUUAGCACUGGUGUCAUAUUUGGAAUGUUGGUUGCAUUACCCAUUACCCUACUUUACUACAUUUUAUUGGGUAUAUGAUAGUUAAUGGUGAAUUCCUUCAAGGUUUUGAAGAAAAAAAGUGGGAAGGAGAAGUAGAAGAUUAGAAUGAAGGAAGGAAGGAAGAUAUGCUUUUUGAUAUUUGCUUAGAAAUUAAUUGUAUAAUCAUGCUUGCAUGCAUGCUUUUAACCAAUUUAUGGUGGAGGAGAAGAAGAAUUAACUCUUAAUGGAGAAAAAGUCAACAAAAGGGUUUAUUAGUGUUUUCAAUGAUGGAAUUUUGUUUUGAUGUUUCUAGUGAUCAAAUUAACACUUCCAAGAGAAUUGUCUUUGCUUUUGCUUUUUGCUAUAUGUAAAAAGGUUCUUGGAAUAUUUAAUGAAAAGUUAGGCUAAUUU